AAUAUGGAUCAUGCCGUUACACCUAGUUUGCUUUUGGAUUAGAAUACUCUUCAUACUGAGGAGUCACUUGUUUUCUUUUCAAGGUCUUUACAGGUCUUGUCUCAGCAGGAUAAGGACAGGUGUUAACAUGAAAGGUUGAAUUUUACACACACCCUGAUACUAUAGAAUUUAAGCUGUAGUUCAAUCAUUACUUAUUUGUCAGUUUGCAAGUGUGCUUCUCCUUUUGUGACCUGCCACAAAUUUAUAUAUUUGUUUAUAUAAAAACAAACUAAGAUGAUGUUAUUGUACACGUACACAACCAUAAAUAUCAAAUACGUGUGACAUCCCUGUAACAUCCCUCCUGUGGAUUUGUUUACACCACAGAUCUUGGAUUGACCAGGUUUUGAUCGGAUAAUGCCAAUAGUUUUUUAUUUUUUUCUAGUAGCUAGUAUUUGUUUAUUUCAAUGCAGUACAUUACUUGGUUUGGGGCCUGCCAGUACUUGUGCAGCAGCAUUUAGCAUUUAAGCUUUCAGCAGACUACUUGGAACAAACCACUGAGGAAUUGUGUUAAAAUUAACAUUUCAGGACGAAACCCCAAGUAGUUCUGUAGCUCACUGGGUGCCUGGAGGAGACAUUAAGGGUGAGUCAACUGAAAUCAGAUAAGUCUGACACCAUUCAAGUGCAGUUGCUUUAUUAUAAAAGUCUGCUCCUGCCCCUGCGAUGGUAUGGUUUGAUCAGUGGUAUCAAAUGUGGUACUGAGAUCAAGCAGGACCUAAGUUGAUAUUCAUCUGUUAUCUGAGGCCAUGAGAAGGUCGUUGGUAACUUUAACCAGCGCUGUUUCUGCACCAUGAUGUAAUCUAAGUCCUGACUGAAAAUGUCUUCAAACAGACCAUUGCUGUGAAAAUACAACAUAACUGAUUUGCAACAGCUUUUUCUAGGGGAUCAAAGACAGGCUGCUUAAGAUUUCAGGGCCAGGAGUUUUUUUUUAAAGUAAGUUUAAAAAUAAACCGCUUAAGUACUUAACCAGUUAAGAGAGUGUAAUGGAAAAUGUGAGCUCUAGUGUACCUCAUUAUAUUUCAUAAGUUUAUGAACUUCAGUUAACAUUACUAAAAUGUAUAGUAUGGUUUGUGUGUUCUGUGUGUGUUUAGCUUAGUGUUUAGAUAUUUGCCAUGUCACUGUAUAAUACACAUCCAAAUAUACACCAUUUCAUGGGUAUGAUCUUUAUAAGAUAAAAAGGGUUCUAAACAGGAUUCUAUUGAGACAGUGCUGACUGUUUUUAUAGUUGACUAAUAAAGAAAAAUAAAAGAAUAAUUUGGUCCAUAAAAAAUAUUAAAAGUUCUUCUAACUAAAUAAAAAUGUUUUCUUAUUGAUGUUUGAUAUUAGUUUUUUAAGUAUUCAUAAUCCUUUGUUUUUACGAUGAAAAAAGAUUUUGUUCCUUCCCCGCAGAAGUCAGGAAGGAAAGGUUAUUUCCUGCCGAUUAAAAAGAAAACUGGAGAUAUACCAAAUAUUUAAACUUUUGUCUUGCAGUCAAACUGACACUGACAUUUGAGCUGUUAAACGUUUGAUUUGCAUUGAUAGUACAGUGAACCUGCCUAAAUAUAAAUAUGUUUAUAACUGUUCGCUUAACUGUUAAGAUUAAUAUUUUCUUAAGCCUUAAAAACUUAUUUUUUAGUGAUGUGCUUUUCUUUGUACAGUUCAGAGAAAAAAACACUAGAAAUUAGUUGUUAAUUAAAUGUAAAGCAUUUUGGGACAGAGCGAUUCCCUUUUGCUCUACUGUCAAGAGUAGCAGUUUUUGUGAAUUGUCUGCUCCUACAUCAUGACGCUCGGCCAGUGCGACCUUCACUUGGAUGAACUGCUCUGUAGAACCACUCCUGACUGUUGUGUAUGUUUUUAAAAAAAUGUUUAUAAAACAUGAUUCUACAUAUCAGAGGAAUGUAGUUAUAACCUCAUAUUAGAUUGGACCUGUGGUUUACAGUGCAGUCUCUAUCAUCUGUGAGACCUCAUACAGAACAUUGUCCAGCACUGUCUAUUAGAGCCGUAUGUGGUGAAGAGAAUUUAAGACCUUGUAGGUAUUACAAGGAAUCAGGCUUUACACUGCAAAAUUAUCCUUUUUAAUGAAAGUUAAAAUAUUUGUAUGUCUUUUUGCAUUUUGUCCUGUUCAUUGGUCCAAACGUCCAACAGUUUACAGCAUGAUUCAUCCACUGCAGCAGAGAAAGUAUGGGGCUUGGCUGGCUGAGAUGUAAAUUUUUCUUGGCAUUUUUCCCAAGAUACAAACACUCACCCUCUCUACCUCACCCUCCCUCCCUCUCUCUGUAAGUGUUGACACGACUGCUGACUUUCAGUCUCUCCUCUCUCUGUUUUCCUUCUUGGCAUCAGACAGAAAAGCAUGAAGGCAGAUGAGAUGUUUCUCUGGUCUGUUUUACCUUCUGCUUUUUCCACUGUCACUAUUACUGUAGAGUUUAUGAAAGACUGUGCAUUGUUAAGAAAUAAGAGUCUAUAGAACAUCACCUGGGAAUGUAUAAUAAUGUGUACUUUUUGGGUUUGAAUACAAUCGUAAGGAAUGCAGUUCAAAUCUGGUUAGCAGCUGCCUAGUUCCCUGUGUGUGAGUGCGUGUGUGAGCAGGAGCGCUAUGGAUCUGCAGUUGAAAAGAAGACAAACAUUACUGACCUCAUUUUGCUGUGGUUGUCUUUGUGCUUUUCCACGCCAUGAACAUACAUCCUACAGAAUGUUCCAGCAGUGUGAGGAGCCUCGUUUCACCAUCGAGCAGAUUGACCUCCUCCAGAGGCUACGGAGGACGGGAAUCACCCAGGCAGAGGUUCUGCAUGCGCUGGACACCCUGGACCACCUGGACUGUCGACAUGGACGCACGUUCCCUCGCAAGACGUCCUACACGCCACCUUCGUCUUCCUUGUCGUCUUCCAUGACCUCUUCUGCCACGCAGACAAACUUCCCAAGAAGUCACAUCUCAGUUUCCCCUAACAAUAACUUCGACAGCGCUUUGCCCCUGCCAGUCGCAGUGGCCUCACCAGUCAUCUUGACAACAGGUGCUCAGAAUGAUCUUGUCGCCGUUACCAAUGGGAAACUGUCUCCUCCUCGUUUUCCUCUCAGUGUGGUUGGUGGCACGGUGUCGGCACCAGGUUACGGGUAUGAGGCCAGUGAAGAGGACCUUGAUGUGGAUGAAAAGGUGGAGGACCUGAUGAGAAGGGACAGCUCUUUGAUCAAAGAGGAGAUUAAGUCCUUCCUUGCCAACCGACGGAUUUCUCAAGCUGUGGUCGCUCAGGUAACAGGGAUCAGUCAGAGCCGGAUUUCCCACUGGCUGCUACAACAAGGAUCAGACCUCAGUGAGCAGAAGAAACGAGCUUUCUUCCGCUGGUACCAGCUGGAGAAGUCCAACCCAGGUGCUACUCUGGCCAUGCGAGCUGCUCCACUGGCCCUGGACGACAUGAUUGACUGGCCACAAGCCCCACCAUCCUUCGGUGCCGCCACCGGGGGCUUCCGUCUGAGACGAGGGAGCAGAUUCACCUGGAGGAAGGAGUGUUUGGCUGUUAUGGAGAGUUAUUUCAGCGAUAAUCAGUAUCCUGACGAAUCCAGGAGAGAAGAGAUCGCCAACGCCUGCAACGCCGUCAUUCAGAAACCAGGAAAGAAGCUGUCUGAUCUGGAGAGAGUCACCUCUCUGAAGGUCUACAACUGGUUUGCCAACAGACGCAAGGACAUCAAGAGACGUGCUAACAUAGAAGCAGCCCUCUUAGAGAGUCAUGGCAUCGAAGUGCAGAGUCCAGGAGGUCAGUCAAACAGUGACGAGGUGGACGGAAACGACUUUCCUGAUCAGGCCUGUGAGAUGUCAUCAUUUGACAAGAGAGCAGCCAGACAGUUUGGUUUCAGCCGAGCUGACCUCUCUUCUCCGACACAGGUUCCUACGCUGCUGCCCAGCUGGUUUUCUGUCCUGGGCAGAGGAGCCUUAUCUGGACACAGGAGCUCUUCUAUGAUUGCCCGCUCGCUAAUGACAGGGGCGGUUCCACAGGCAGAAGGUUCCAGGUUGUCAGGUGUCUCCUGGUCUCCACCGUCUCCUUCCCUCCAGGAUGAACCCCCUAUUGUGCUGUCGGAGUCCCAGGAGAUGUUGGAGAAAACUGCCGCUGGUCAGGAAGACGGGGCAGGGAGCAGUGUGGGCAACGACAUCAAGACAGAAAAUCUGGAGGACGACUAAAAACUGAUGUCAUGAAAAUAACAGGUGUGUUAUUAUGCAAGCAGAUUAUAUAGGAAUGUAAGAAGUGAAAAAAAAAAGACCAAAAGUUGUACAAACGCAAACCCUGAAAUACCUCCCAACCCUACCUCCAACCGUCAACCUGCUCUGCCACACUCUGAAAGGCAUCACCAGUGUGUUGUACACUGAGGAUUAUAAUAACAAUAAGGUUUAGCUUUUACUUGUCCUCACCAGUGGACCGUUUAAAUGGCUCAAUAGUUACCUACUAUUUAAAUUAGGAGACGUGUUUGUCGGCUUCAAACGCUGCUUCUUCGGGAAUUUGACGUUAUGUCUGCUGAGUGACAGGAUGUGAUGCAUUUCACAGCAGGAAGACACUGUAUCAGACAUAGAAUUAAGGAAUCGUCAGGAUCUUGCACUGUGAUCCCAACACAACACAACAGCCUCAGAAAUCAAACAUGCAAAUCUACAUUUAUCCGCUAACUUUAAGAGAAUAACAGCUCAUCUUAUUAUCCAUUUACUUUAUACAUUUCUCUUGAGUGAGAGGAACAGCAGAAUAAGCUUUUUUUUUUUUAACAAAGUCAAAGUCACACCACAUUUGCAGUAACGGUUUCAACCCUUUUUAUACAACUAUAACAAGCUAAGUAUAUGGAAGCAAAGAGAGCAUGCAUUUAUUUCCAUUUCAUUUUGGAGCAUAUUUUAUAUAAAACAUAUAUAUUGUUUCGCCAGUUCUUGUUAAUAAUUCUUACUUUAUAGCCCCUGACAGAUCUUAACCGCGGGUGAUAGACACAUAGUGACAUAUUGUAUUCAUUAAUCGAAUUUCCUGGAAAGUGUUGUAAAAACCUCACCUAUAUGUACUGUAAAUGAUAACAGAUAACAUUCAGUAGUAAACUGUUAGCUUCAUGUCCCAGAUUAAAAAAAAAUACUGCCUCCUAGUGUCCAAAAAAAUAGUCCAAUUAAGUCUUUAAUUAAUCAGUUCAAUUUCUAAUAUUGCCUUUUUGUCCAUUACACUGUGCCAUUAGCUCUGACCUCAUAGGACACACGUUUGUUUUAGCUUGAUGUGUUUUUUUUAGUGCAGUUCUAGUGUUCUCUUUGUUUCCAUAUCGUUAACUCUAACAUUAAGAGUAAAAGUUGUAUACACAUGAAUAAACACAUAGGGAGAAACCUGCAUGUUGGUGUGACUAAUUUAAAAUCACUAGAUCUAAAGGUCCAGACUAAGGCUGUCUGUUAAAACUGUUAAAACCAAGAAUGAACCCCGUGUGAGUGUGUCUGAAGUAUUCAUCACAUGCUGAGGGCUCUUUAACUCAGACCUCUCUGCUCAUCAGCAAAAGAGACUGCCGCUACUUGUGGGUUGUGUUGCUGCUAGCAAGCAAGCUAAACAGCCCUUUUGGGCAAAACAAAAACACAUCAUCACCAAAGCUUCAAAAAAGCAUCACGUUUCAAUUUGUCACAACAGACCUAACAAUUCCAACAUAGUAAUAAAGAUAAAAUCUUUGUCUAAAAAUCUUAAUCAGGUAAAGAAACUAAUUGUGGAAUGGAUAUACAGUAUAGUCAAUUUUAUAUUAAAAUGUAAUUAACAAAAUGAACUAAUUUAUUAGUUCAAGAAUUCUACAGAACUCAAAUUAUAAUGCUUUUCCCAAGUAAUGUUAGCGGAUGAUAAAAUAAUCGUUAAAAAUAAAUCAAUCUUUUAAAAAGUUUUAACUAGUGACAGCCCUUAGUCCAGACGACCUUUAUUCAGCCUUUAUUCUGAUUUAGGUCUAAUGAGCUGAUUAACACUCAGGCAGAAUUAUCGAUCACUGUGAGAUCCAUCUAUUAUCAACACAAAUCUAUCAGCUACGAGGGAUUUAAUGGUUUAAUAACACUGUUCACACUGUAAAGUGAAUACAUAACCAGACUACAUAUGUAUACAUGUAUACAUACCUAUAUAUACAGUAUAUAUAUAUAUACACACACACACAAUGUAUGAUAUCAACUGUGAGGGAGUAUAUGUACCCUAAUCCUUAUCUAUUUGUAGUAUAUGAACAUAUUAGCUUCAAAUAUUGAGAAACAAAUUGUUGGCUAAACGUGAGUGAAGCUUCAGCCAAAGUGUUAGAUUUAAAGCGGUGUGUGUUUUCAGAGUGUAUGAUGAUUACUGAUAAGUGUGUGUGUGUGCGCGUGCGUGUGUGUAUUAGAGCUCAUGUUAAUCAAAGACUUAUCAGAUGUGUUGACCUAGUGCAAGAUAAAGGCCUCAUUUACCUUCAAAGGUAUAAUCUGUGUUUGUGUUCAAAACACAAACGUUUGUGUCUAAAAAAAAAUUUUUUUUUUUUUGACGACACUUUACUGAAUCAGUGGCAUGUUGCUCCUGCCCUGAGUCCCUGCAGUUUGUAUUGACCUCUGUGACUGUCACGCUGUCGUUUGCUCACCAAAGUAACUGCUCACGCAAAGUGAAUCUGCCUAGAUUUUCAUCAACAACCAGUCACAUUGUUAGGUGCAUAUUUCAGUACAGCCUUUGCAGAAGUCCUGUUUAUUUUAGUUACUGUAUCUCACCACAAGGAUGCUUUAAAAACAGGUUUCCAAAACCAAUGUUUUGUUUUCAUUCAGUCCUGGUUUUUCACAUCUGUUCUUGGCGAUCUGAUCAAAAAAUAAUACGUUUACUGUAGGUCUAAAUACCUACGAUUUUUCCCAAAAUGUGUUUUUAAACUGAACCGUUAAGGUCUCUUUGAAACAUGGUGUAGGGAGACACCAACAUUCAUCACCAGUUUUUCAAACAUUUAUUUAUUUGUUUUUGAAUAUAGAGCCAUUGGGUAAUUUCAGAUUUUUAUGAUUUUUCUCAGUGACAAUGAAUACCUUAGUAUUUUGGGAAUAAUUGUGAUAUUCUUGAGAUUUCUUGCUCUGAUGCUAGCUAGUGCUUCUUGUUAAAUGCACUCAUAUUGAUGCUGAUUGUAGGCAUCUUGGUUAGUAGUUUUUUUUGCAGGAUUUCUCAGACAUCAUAAAUGAAUGCCAUCAAAUUACGAUGAUUUUAAAUAAUGUUCAGUUCAAGUGCCUUAUUUAUAGACCCAGGAUCAACGUCUAAUGGACUUCUUCAAAGGCUGUACAUGUGCCAUGGCAGCACUUUCACUCAGUUGUUCAUCUGCACAGAUCCAGUUCAGGCUCCAGUUCUGUUCAGAACAUUGGUGCUCUCAAUAAACCAGCUUGUAUUCAAAUUUACUCCUGAAUUUCAUAAAAGAAACAAACAAACAAACAGAAAAUGAUUUUUUUAUAUAUAUUAAGGACAUCUUGUUGUGUUCUAGAUCAUUUAUGAUCCCAACCACCAAAAUCACAUAGAUCUGAUGACAAAUUUGUGAAAAAGAUUUUCAACAUUUUUUCCUGCACAGACCACAUGUAAGAAUAAUAAAUAAAUCCUGUUGUAAAAUUACAGAUCAUCAAACGGCAGAAUAAAACAGUUUUGGCCAUUUUUUAAAAUUAUGUCCAGAAAAUAUUUUUGCCAUUAUUAACAGCAUCAGACGUAGCCUUUUUUUUUUUUUUUGCACUAGACCCAAAUUGAUAUUGAAUAAAUGUCAAACGACAAAACUAAUGUAGCAUUGAUUUCCUUCAGGAACUCACUGCUGGAUCAGCAGAUUAAAUGAACCCAUUACUGAUGAUGGUGUGGUUACUGUGUGGAAAUCAAGUUCCUGUCCAAAUGUUUGUGGUUCUUUAUCGGUGUGAAUGCAGAUGUUGGUUUAUAAUUUGGUUCUGGACUAGAACAGUUCUGGAUCUGGGCAGUGUGCACUUUUCAACAGUAAAAUGGCUUUACUCUGCGCAUCACCUGGUGCUUAACAAGCUCAGCUCCUCGUCCAGAGUUAACAAGUCAACACAGAUACCUCACGGACAUCCCAUCACUCACUUUAGCUGCUGUAUAAGCUACACCCACAGGUCCCUCCACCGCUGCUGCUGCAGCAAUGUGAAAUCCCUGACUGGGAUAAAAAAAACAAACAAACUGCUGAUCAGUCCAGAGGAGACUGACUAAAAAGAGAAAAGUCCAUUUCCUUUAUGAAAAAUGAAAAGGGAAAUUCCCACCUAAGUCCGGCCGAUAUAAAUUUAGAUGCAAAAGGAAAAGUCCAAAAAUAGAUUUGUUCAUUAGCUCCAUCCUUGACAGUUGUCCACUGACUAAUAGUAAAACUGUUCUUUUCCUUCUCAUGUUCAUUGUUGGAUUUUACAUGUGUCUCCUUUUUGUGCGGCAGCAGAGCUGUCCUGUGUGCGUCUUUGCUCUAAGCUCUAAAUUGAAGAGGCCUCACGGUUCUUCUAGCUUCCUCAAAAUAUGAACAUAACUGUACAAUAUUUCACUGCGAGUUUUCCUUCCUACUCUGCCAAGCAGACGCCGUUUCAUUUCUCAAGUGAUUUUUAUUGAUUAAUUUAAGAGAAAGUGCUGGUGUGAGAUUAUUUGAGGAUUUUAAGUCAUUUAAGCCGCUGCCUCCAUGGUGAGACCAUGAAGUUGUACUUUGGAGUUCUGAUGAUGGUGCUUUUAUUAAAUGUUUGCUAUGGUUUUGUUAAUAAAUACUUGUAUUAAAAAAACACACAAGCAUUCAACCAAUGAGCCAGAGAUUAAAUUAGAGAAUGCAGGAAUUUCCUUCCGCUAAACCAACUGCAAAUUUGCUAAACAAUUAUCCUCUCUCUGUCACUCGUAACUGGCUGUAGAAGCACAUUUGGUGGUUUGUUCAACUGCAGGGUCACUGCCUCUGCAUGUACGUAUUCUAUAAAGGACAGGCCCCAAAGACACAAUGAUAGUAUUAAGGCAACGUCUUGGAGUUCAUUUCAAACUACAAAUACAUGUUAGUGCCAAAGGGUAUGAAAUGUGCAGUAUUAGGUUAGCUUAGCCAAGCCAGAAUAAUUUAAUACCACUGGAGGCACAAGUGUAGGUUUCUACUUUACGAAGUGCCUGUGCCCUGGUUUAAAAA